AUGCCCGUCAUUUUAUUCGUGCUAGUAUCGUUUAUUUUAUCGAUUCAUCAACAAGUUCGAAGUCAAUCCUCAACUUGUACAUUGACAGAACCAGAUAUUCUUGGACCUUAUUGGCUUGAUGGUGCACCAAAGAAAACAGAUGAUCUAUGUGAUAAUCUACCAACAUUUGAUGUUUUGAUAUUAACUGGACGUAUUGUUGAUUUUGAUUCAAAAUGUAAGCGAGGCAUCAAAAAUGUCAAUCUUGAUGUAUGGCAAGCAAAUUAUAACGGUGUUUACUCAUCAGGAAGAUCAUCGAACGAUUGGUUUUGUCGAGGUGUUUUACAUUCGGAUGAUAACGGCUAUUUUAAAAUUUUUACGCUGUUUCCUGGCCGUUAUGAUGAUGGUGGAUAUCGACCAGCACACAUUCAUUUCAACAUUACCGCUUCAGGAUAUCCCCAAUUGAUUACACAGCUGUAUUUUGAAAAAGAUGUCUAUUUAGCACCAUUCGACUCAUGUGAACAAUGCCAUAGUGAUUCAGAAUCGUUAAUUACGUCAGUAAGACAUGUUCAUGAUAUUAAAACCUUCGAAGGGAACUGGCAAAUUGUUUUAUCCAAAAAAUUUCACCCCAGAAUUGUUACAAAAACUAGUUUAAGUCGUGGAUCAUAUAUUGACGUUAAGCAACAUACUAUGCCAAAUCAUGACAGAACUUCAUCACGAGAACAUAAUACAAUGAAAUUUCGACAAGGGUAA